AUGAAUCAAGAAAUCCAGAAGCUUGAACAAGAGCUUGAAAAGUGCAAUCACUGUCAGCAGCUAAGAGCUCAAAUUCAAUCCAUCAAGAAGGCCAUGGAAGCAAUGAAAGUAACCCAACAAGCAACAUUACCCACUUCAAUACCAAUGCUGACAACACCAUCAGAGUUCAGCCAGCUAAGCGUGGUGGACCAGCCACAAUCAAAACUAAUUUUUUCUGAAAAAAUCCCUGAAAAUAAAACUCUGGCAGAAAUAGUUAAAAAAUCAACUCAGGACAAAAAAUAUUAUGUCAUCUACAAUGGCCCAAUGAAAGGAGUCUAUGACGAUUGGGCCAAAGCAGCCCCAUUUACUCAUCAACCCAGAACUAUUCACAAGGGAGGAUUCUUAACAAUAGAAGAAGCAAAAGAAUCCCUCAGAGAAUAUGAAGUGCUCCAUCCAGAGCAGAUUUUAAAAAGAGCAGAAAAAGCUCCAGUCCAAAUCCAAAGAACAGCCCAAGCCCAAAGGACUGGACUAAUGAAAAAUAUUCCUACAAGAGCUGAAAUAAAUGACAAGAAAAGGGUCUGCAGAUCAAACUGUAGAGAAACCUUAAAUCUAGUCUUAAACUGGACUCUAGACAAAAGAGCAACAUUGGGAUAUUAUCCCAUUAACAAAGAACAGCUAACAAAGCUGGUAAUAUUUCCAGAGGCUUCACCCUCUGAUACAUAUCAGUUUUUCCAAUACGGAUUAAUUGAUACGAUCCUAAUUUUUGACAAUUUAAAUGUCAUUAAAGAAUUUCCUGCAGGUUUUAUAGAUGCAGUGAAAAAGUUUAAAAAUAUGAUUGAUACAAGAGAACCAAGGGAUAUAUCCCUAAAAUUCACAAGUAGUCAGCCAAUCUUCAAUGAAGAAGGAGAAUGUUUGAUCCCAGCAUUUCAAGUAGUUUUCAUGUCAGUCUUCCCAGGAGACUUUCAACCAAUAGAACAAGUUCAAGAUCUAUCAAUUUACAGUGACGAAGGUAGAUUGGCUAGCACAUUGGCAAGAGUCUUCGAAAGAGCCCAAAAAAUAAACAAAGAAUCCAGAACAAGAAUAAACUACAAAAGCAGAAACACUCUAAUUGUUUCUAGUAAAAGAAACCAAUUUGAAUCAAGAGAAAUGAGACUCCUAGUGGAUUUUGAAUCAGCAUUUUACAACUUCUCUGGAUUACUGGAAAAACUUCCUGACGGGAUAAGGAGGAAUCUAUGCCAUUUACUGAAAGACAAAGAGGACCAUAGGUGCCAGCUAUGCACCUCAGAAAUGUCUGAAGAAAGCAACAAUGCUGAAGACCCCACCCACGUGGGAAAAGAAGAGGAUGAGGCAUCUGAGUCAUCCAUCAACAUUAUUGUUGAAUGA